AAACAAAAUAGAUAAACCCCGUUAAACCAGAAUUUAAAGCAAAGCAAUCAAUGUUAAAAUUAAAAACAGACAACAAUUAAAUUCAGUAAUUUGAAAAAAUAAAUAAAUAUGGACUCCGAAAUAGAAGGUGACUUGAAUUGCAAUAGAGAUAUGAAUUUAUCCCAUGCCAUGUUAAAUGAUCCGAUUUCUUGCAACGCUUAUUACGAACUCUUUCAAACCCAUGAUGAUUUGUUUAAAGAUAAGAUUGUCUUGGAUGUGGGCUGCCGCAGUGGAAUGCUUAGCCUGAUGGCUGUGGAGGUGGGCGCAAUUAAAGUAAUCGCUACUGGUAAUAUGGAAAGUGCGGAUUUCGUUGAAAAGGCAUUGAGUGGCAGUGAGAAGGAGGACAUAUUCGAAUCGAUCAAUGGCUCCAUAGAGCAGAUACGUCUGCCAUAUGGACUGAAAAAAGUCGAUAUCAUUGUAUCCGAAUGGAUGGGUCAUGCCAUUUUCACAGAGUCACUCUAUCGUGAUGUCAUCUAUGCCCGGGACAAAUGGUUGGUCAAGGGCGGUCUUAUUAUACCCAAUGUUGCAACACUUUUUAUGGCCGGCAUAUCUAAACAUGUUCCAGAAAAUUUUCAAGAAGAUGAAAUAGACUCAGAGGACGAAAUCUUAUUGGAGGAUUAUGUAAGGCCUGACCAGCUUAUGACACAUCGUUUUCGAUUGAAAAUUACAAAUCUUAGUGUGGCCAAUAAAGAGGAUGAGUAUUUCCAAGGUCCGUUUGGAAUGAACGCUCUUCGAGAUGGAGAAAUUGAAGGAUUUGUGCUUCAUUUUGAUGUGGCCGUUGCUCAUGAUAAGAUUAGUAUGCCACUCUUUUCCAUAGGACCGAGGGCUCCCAAAACUUAUUUGAAGCAAACUGUAAUCUAUCUCGAGGACAAUUUGAUGGUUCAGAAACAUGAGAUGAUCGAAGGUUAUAUUGGGAUGUUCGCCAAUAAAUCGGCAGUGCGCGGAGUAGAGUUCAUUCUGGGCAUGAAAACGAUAUACGAAUCUUCAUCUGAAAUGUCCGAGUAGGGGUUAAAGUCGAAAUAAAGAAGGACAUGUGCAGGGCUGAUGCUGAUGCUGAUGUA